AUACCCAGACCUCACUGUCGGCAUGAUGGCGUCCUCGGCCGCUAGCUGCUCCUCACGCUGGAUAACAGUUGUCGUGUCUUCUGGUUCUAGAAGAGCUACCGGUCUCUUUUUGUCCCCUCACCAUGGAGGUGUCCGGCGUUUUUCUACUAUCGGAGCUGAAAAGCUGUGUCGCAAAGGCAGCUUGUGGUUCGGAGGAGCAGGACAAGCAUUGACAUUGAGAGGACUGUCAGAUCUAAAGUUGCCCCAUGCUCUCUACAUGCAGACCUUCCACACCAGCGCCUCUUGCAACAAGCAGGAUUUCUAUCAGGUCCUUGGAGUUCCUCGUACCGCAUCCCAAAAAGAGAUAAAGAAAGCCUACUACCAGAUGGCCAAAAAGUACCACCCGGACACAAACAAAGAUGACCCACAAGCAAAAGAAAAAUUUGCACAGUUGGCCGAAGCUUAUGAGGUGCUUAGUGAUGAGGUAAAGAGGAAGCAGUAUGACACGUAUGGUACGGCUGGCUUCGAGGCGGGGCAGGCUGGAGGAGGGCAGCAGUACUGGAGCGGACAGACCAGCCAUGUGGACCCAGAGGAGCUGUUCCGCAAAAUCUUUGGAGAAUUCUCUGGAGGCCGUGGUUUUGGGGACUUCAAUGCCAUAUUUGAUCAACCACAGGAGUACGUCAUGGAGCUGACGUUCACUCAAGCAGCAAAGGGAGUAAAUAAAGAGAUAUCUGUUAACAUAGAAACGACCUGCCAGCGCUGUGAUGGGAAGGGUCAUGAGCCAGGGACUAAGAUUCAGCACUGCAACCAUUGUAACGGCUCAGGCAUGGAAACAAUAAAUACUGGUCCAUUUGUGAUGCGUUCUACAUGCCGCCGCUGUGGGGGGAAAGGCAAAGUGAUUUCGACUCCCUGUAACUCCUGCCGUGGAUCUGGACAAACCAAACAGAGGAAGACUGUGGUCGUUCCUGUCCCUGCAGGAGUGGAGGAUGGUCAGACGGUCAGGAUGCCAGUUGGAAAGAAGGAAAUCUUCAUCACAUUUCGGGUCCAAAAGAGUCCAGUCUUUAGGAGGGAAGGUGCAGACAUCCAUUCAGAUCUGCACGUCUCUGUUGCACAAGCUAUUUUAGGAGGAACAGCCAGAACGCAAGGACUUUAUGAAACACUCAAUUUGUCUAUUCCUGCAGGGGUCCAGACUGACCAUAGGAUCCGUCUGUCAGGAAAAGGUAUUGCUCGCGUCAGCGGGUAUGGCUUUGGAGACCAUUAUGUCCAUGUCAAAGUAAAAAUACCAAAGACUUUGACAGAUAGACAGAAAUCUCUUUUAAUGAGCUACGCUGAGGAUGAGACGGAUGUAGAAGGAACGGUGAAUGGAGUCACAAACACCAGCACAGGUGGGGGCAGCAGUGGUGAGCAGUCUAAGGCAGGGGAAAGCACACAGGAGGGCUUCCUCUCAAAGUUAAAGAAAUUGUUUAGCUCUUCCUGACAGCCACAAACCAGGUAAAAGAUCCUCCUGGAAUUAAGUCCAAAUAAGAAAAGAUAGCGUGCAAAACAAGGACCGGAUCAUAAGAAGCAGUGGUUAAAGACUGAGAGACUUGGAACGUUGGGUUUAUUUUCAGACAGAAGCUUUCUACCCAACCCUGCACUGAAAAAUCUAAAAGAUCGCCUCCUAUGUUUCCCUGUUAAAGUGGAUCCCUGGAUUGGAGGAUGUGACGGUCUGCCGAUCACCACAGGCGGCUGCAGAGACUUGUUGUAGCACUCAGUGCAUGCUGGUCAUCUGUGUGUUACUAUAAAUCUAUAAGCAGAUAAUAAAUUACUGUAGUGAAAAGAGUCUAUUUAGGAUUAAAUCCAGCUAAUUCACUACAGUGAGUGGGCCUUUUUUUAUUUUACAUUUCAUCUGUCAGCUCUCAGUCUUAAAAUGAGAAAGUCACAUUACAUCUUUUCAUGAAGUUUAUUGUUAGUCUGACAAUGGGGGAUUUGACAUUUAUCUACUUAAACACUGUAGCUUUCCUGAACUCUAAUUGUCAAUUGAAUACUUUUGUUUCAACUGUAAUAAAGUUUAUGUAAAAAUAGUAAACCAAGUAUCCCACCAGG